GUCACCACUUGGCAUUAUGUAACAGACAGUGGUGUGGGGUGCCUGCUGGCGCCGCCUACCCUCGCGGCCAACACGCACUUACUGCCCACCCACUCGUGUUUUACAUCUACAGAUCACUUCGUAUGGAUAAUUUUCCCGUUUGUGAGGGCCUUGCUGGCGGCGGGUGUGAGUGGUGUCAGCAGGGCUCACCGAGGCCCGCCUGAAGUAGUUUCUAAGGAUUUAUAACCUCGCAUGAGACAGUAUUGGUGAGGCUAGCGCGUUACCUCGAGCAGGUCCGACCCAUGUGAUACCUGCUGUACACCCUCGUUCAGCACUACACAUUAACGCGUUCUCACAACUAAACAGCCUUCGUGUGUCAGAGUGUUCUGUGUAACCAAAUUCAUGCGUGGAGAGAGUAACUAUGUCAGUGUUGUUACAGAGAAUGUAUCCCAAACACAACCCUGCCAGGUGCCUCUAGAGUGCCAAGGAGAGAGUAAGCUCGGCCAGGUACCAAGUGUAUGUGUUACGAAGAAGGAAAGUAACACACAACCAGGCCAGGUACCAACUGUGUGUGCCACAGAGAAGGAAGGUAACACACAGCCAGACCAGGUAGUAAGCGUGUGUGCCACAGAGAGUGUAGGCGACACACAGCUGGAAGAAGUGCAUAGUGUCUGUGUAUUCUGCUUUGUCCGUCCUUCAGCAAGCCGACAUUCAUGUCUACCUGGGCUGCUCACGUGCACGUGUCAGGUGUCAGCCAUGAGUGUGGUGUUACUGGUGUUGCUGUUACUGGCAGGAAGCCAGGCUGCUCCUUCUUUUGGUGUUCCUGGCCACCCCCAGAGCAGCGGUGGCUACCCCAGCAGCAGCAGGAACCCCAGCAACGACAGGUACCCCAGCAGCGACAGGUACCCCAGCAACGACAGGUACCCCAGCAGCGACAGGUACCCCAGCAACGACAGGUACCCCAGCAGCGACAGGUACCCCAGCAACGACAGGUACCCCAGCAGCGACAGGUACCCCAGCAACGACAGGUACCCCAGCAGCCACAGGUACCCCAGCAGCAACGACGACAUGGGGCUGUCACAGUCACUGCUGGAAAUAAACAACUACCUACCAGACAACUUUACUAUUGUUGGUCGCUGUCUCAUUACCAUCCUCGCCCACCUCUGCAAUGGUACCUACUACACUGCAGAUGUAAACAUAGAUCACGGCCCACGUACAUUCCUAUCCUCCACUGAAGAUUACACCAGAGAGGAGUUCUCUUGCAAAGGAAUAAACUGCAGGAUAGACAAGCUGAGUGCCUACUGCAACAAGAGUAUCCCGGCCAUGAGCAUGGAUACCUGGGCUACUCACUCUUACCCACAGCAAGAGAAGGAUACUGCUCUUGACUUUCACAAUACUAUCCCUGCCUGCGAGGGGACGUGUGUGUGUUUUUGA